AGAUAACGCUGAUAUAGUGAAAGUUGAGAUAACAGAAGAUCUGUGUGUGAGGCGUCAGAUUGGAGCCACAGAUGAGGAAACCAGUAACAGCCCACAUGAAGUUAACGCUGAUAUAGUGAAAGUUGAGAUAACAGAAGAUCUGUAUACGUGGGAUCAGGUGAAGACUGAGGAGGAUGAAGUUCCUAUAAAUAUGGAUACAGGUGGAUUCCGAAACUCCAGCUACCCUAGUCAUGGCCUGGGUGCAGUUACUUCUUUCCAACUUUAUCAAGCUCAAAGUAAUCACAUGGGCAAUAUAUGUUCUGAAUGUGGGAAAAGUUUUACCAAGAAAUCAAAUCUUAUUUGUCAUCAGAAAAUUCAUACGGGAGAGAAAGCAUUUUCAUGUUCAGAGUGUGGGAAACGUUUUACUCACAAAUCAUAUCUUUCUGCUCAUCAGAAAAUUCAUGUAAAAGAGAAAGCAUUUUCAUGUUAUGAAUGUGGUAAAAGUUUUAUUCAGAAGUCAUAUCUUAAAACUCAUCAGAAAAUUCAUACAGGAGAGAAAGCAUUUUCAUGUUCUCAGUGUGGGAAAUGUUUUACUCACAAAUCACAUCUUAUUACUCAUCAGAAAACUCACACAGGAGAGAAAGCAUUUUCAUGUGCUGAAUGUGGAAAAAGUUUUAUUCAGAAAUCAUAUCUUAUUACUCAUCUGAAAAUUCACACAGGAGACAAGGCAUUUUCAUGUGAUGAAUGUGGGAAACGUUUUAUUCAGAAAUCAUAUCUUAUUACUCAUCAGAAAAUUCAUACAGGAGAGAGAGGAUUUUCAUGUUCUGAAUGUGGGAAAAGUUUUAUUCAGAAAUCCUAUCUUACAACUCAUCUGAAAAUUCACACAGGAGAGAAAGCAUUUUCGUGUUCUGAUUGUGGGAAAAGUUUUAUUCAGAAAUCACAUCUUAUUACUCAUCAAAAAAUUCACACAGGAGUGAAGGAAUUUUCAUGUUCUGAUUGUGGGAGAUGUUUUACUUUGAAAUCAACUCUUAUUACUCAUCAGAAAAUACACAGUGGAGAGAAAGAAUUUUCAUGUUCUGAUUGUGGGAAAUGUUUUCUCUUCAAACUAGAUCUUAUUAGACAUCAGAAAAUUCAUACAGGAGAGAAAGAAUUUUCAUGUUCUGAAUGUGGAAAAUGUUUUACUCUAAAAUCAACUCUUAUUAAGCAUCAGAAAAUCCAUACAGGAGAGAAAGCAUUUUCGUGUUCUGAUUGUGGAAAAUGUUUUAUUCAGAAAUCACAUCUUCUUAGGCAUCUGAAAAUUCAUGCUGGAGAGAAAACCGUUUAAACAUUUUCUGAAUAUGGGAAAUAUUUUCUUAGGAAAUGUGAUUUUAAAUGGACAAUUAGAUUAACAUAUUAGGAGUCUAACUAUAUUAGAACAGAUUAACACCUUGUUAACUGCAAUUGAUUUUUAAUGGUCAAAUGCCAUCCACUGCCAUCUCAAUGUGUUUAUUCUACAAAGAAGCCUGCCUUACCAUACCUGUUUAUCGCUCCUUGAAAAAUACAUCCUGAUUGAGAAACAUAAACAAGUAAAAUAUUUUUUAAGGAGAAAUUAACAGAUCUGGUGAUGCAGGUGUCUUGGCACAGUUCAGACAAUGUGCUGAGCUUAUAGCAAACAAUGGGAUGGUUUACAAGUUGUGCGGUAUGGCUUUACCGCUUGAAAAACUUUGCGUGCGGAAUGUUAGCUACUUGAUUAUACAAGUCACGCGGUAUGGCUUUACCGCGAUCGUUAUGGCCUAUAGCUUAACAAUCUAUUCCGCACUCAAAGACCUGUAGUUAUGUGUUUUGAGAAACAAAAAAGUUUCACAAAACACAUCAAAAAUAUGUUACAAAGUACACUAACACACAUAAAGUACAUUAUUAACCCCUAAACUGCCACCCCCUUUAUCGCAACUACUAAAAAGUAUUAACCGCUAAACUGCCGUCCAACCACAUUGCGACUACUAAAAUAAACCUAAUAACCCCUAAACCGCCAUUGCCCAACAUCGCAACUAUUAAAAUAAAAUAUUAACCCCUAAACCGCCAUCCCCCCACAUUGCGACUACUAAAAUAAACCUAUUAACCUCUUAACUGCCGCCCCCUUACAUCGCCUUUACUUUAAUUAAACUAUUAAACCUAACACCCCCUAAUUUUAAAUUAAAGUUGCAAUAUACCAACUACCUUAAAAUAAAUAAAAACUUACCUGUGAAAACAAAUAUAAAACCUAAGCUUAAACUAAAAAAAAUACUUCUUUAAAAAUAUAAAAAAAUGCCAAAAAUAAAAAAGCUAACAUUACAGAAAAUAACAAACAAAAUAAUCUAAAAUAAAAAGAAAUAUUCCUAUUCUAAUACACCCGUUAAAAAAAAAAAACCCAAAAUAAAAAAAACUAAUCUCUAAAUAAAUUACCGAUAGCCCUUAAAAUGACCUUUUUUAGGGCAUUGCCCUAAAG